AUGUCUUCCUCCCAGUCUCGCAUCCCGGGCGCUACGCAGCCUGGCAAUGCUGGACCAGGCGACGCCGUCCGCGAUGUCUUCAAGUUCUUUUACCUGCAGGCGAACGAGGAGUUCUUCAACGGCGACCGCAACAGGGCCCUCAGCACUGCCUAUUGGCUCCUCGCCCAGCCUGACCUCCCCGUCCUGGAACGAGCCGGCUCGCACCUCAUGCUCGCCGACUCCACCGAGUUCCGCGCCUACCACGCCGAGCGGGCCCUGGCGCUGUACAAGAGCGUCCGUGACCAGUUCCCCGAGAGCCACCCCAACCGCAAGAACAUCGACUUCUUCGUCGAGAAGGCGGAGGCGGUACACGCCCGCGUCCGCGACAUCCCAGACCUCCCGGACAAGCAGCCCAGCGAGCAGGAGCUUCUCGAAUGGGUCAAGGACGACAUGCGAGCCCUCUAUCGGCACUUUGGAGAUCCCUCGGUGCUCAGAGGCCUCGACGCAGCAGCAGGCCGCCACACUUUUCCCGACGAGGCCCAGGAGGAGCUUCCAGGCGGAGACGCAGAUGCGGGUCGUGACUGA